AUGGGGAAGAAUAUGUUUUUAAUCGUUUUAUUAUUAUUAUUAUUAUUCAAUAAUCAACAGAUUGAAUGUCAAGAAUCAUCAUCGAUUUUACUUGUUGAUCUACUUCAAUUUCACAAUCCAACAGGUAUCACUACCAAUGGUCAAUGUUGUGAUGGUUCAUUUCCUUUUGCAAAUUUCUGUCCAAUGUCGAUAUCCUGUAAUUUAUAUACAAUUGUUUGUUUGGAUUUUGUCAAUAGUGAAUUACAAUCGAACUGGACUUCGUGUCCAUUGGGAAAGAAAUCUUUCGAAAUCAAAGCGAAUAGCACGAGAUUAUUGAAUUAUUACUCGCCGACUAAUGCAACCAAUUUUUUCCCAUUACAAUUCGAUCUACCGUCCAUCAAUGACAAUUCGAUCGAAGUGAAAAUCUUCGUUUUUUAUAAUAAUAUAAGUAUGUUACUCAAUCAAUUUCAUACGACAUUUCGUAUUGAUAUAUCGGAUGGACUCUUUCAACAAUUGACAUUAAUUGAUAUGUCGAAGAACAUCUCAAAUAUCAAUCAAAUCAUUCUCGGAUUGAAAAGUUAUUGUCGAGCGACAUUCUAUGGUAAACAAUGUUCCGUUCAAUGUAUUCCAAAUGACGAUUGCACAAGUUCGUACACAUGUCACCCGAUUACAGGCAACAAAAUCUGUUCAUCUGGUUGGUAUGGAAGUGAAUGUUCAAUACGAAAUACAUCGAUGACAUGUUCAUCGUCAUCAGGUAACAUUGCGAUCAUUCAAUGCGAUCGAGUUUCAACAUGUUCUUUUGAAGGUUUAAUUUGUCAAAACGGUGGGUUCUGUCGACAUGAUCAGUCAACAACUUGCUGUUGUCCUUUUGGUUUCACAGGUACGAACUGUCAAUACCUUUCAACAUGUAAACCUGAUAUUACAUGUUUAAAUGGUGGUUCGUGCCAGUCAUCGUAUGAUCCAGCAUCUCGUAGUUAUUAUUUCGUUUGCAAUUGCCCAGCGGGUUAUACGGGUCUAUAUUGUCAAGAUCGACAGCAAUGUCCGUCGACAUUCUACGGUCCGAAUUGCACCGUUCACUGUUCGGCGCCUAAUUCAUGCUCUCAAGGACAUUUCGAUUGCAAUGCAGCUGGUGAAAAAGUCUGCUCGUAUGGCUGGGGUCCGAUCAACAUCUGUACACAAAAAUUAAUUGCUCCAAUCUUUGAUACGGAGUGUCCUAAUUCCAAUGGAUGUUUAAAUGGUGGAUCGUGUUUUAAUGGUUCGUGUUGCUGUCCCGUCGGUUAUUCAGGUAAGAAAGCAUGUCCAUUAUUGAAUAUAAUGACUAAAUGUGACAAUAUCAAAGGACGUCUAUGUGAAAUAUCUAUUGAUCCAUGUUCGAAUAAUCCUUGUGAAAACAAUGCUUUAUGUUUGUCGACGUCUACGGGAUAUAAAUGUUUAUGUUCAAGUCCUGUUUAUACAGGUUCAUUAUGUGAAAUUAAUCAAAAUCCGUGUCAAUAUUCACCAUGUCAAAAUGGCAUUUGUCAACUAUUGACAAAUACCAGUUCGUUCAGUUGUAUUUGUUAUCCCGGUUAUACGGGACAAUUUUGUCAUAUUAAAAUCAAUUAUUGUCUGUCACAACCUUGUGAAAACGGCGGUAUUUGUGCGAGUAUAGCGACAGGUUUUAUUUGUACAUGUUUACCAGACUUUACUGGACUAACAUGUUCAACUCGAAUUAGUUCGUGUUCAAAUCCAUUGACUUGUUCGAAUAACACGAGAAUUCAUUGUCCGACAGGCUUCGCUAAUCCUCCGCAGUGUCUCGAAGAUAUCAAUGAAUGUUUACUAGAAAAAGAACCUUGUAAAAACGGCGGCUCAUGCAUCAACACAAUCGGUAGUUAUUAUUGUCAAUGUACUGAAGAUUACCAAGGUGCGGAUUGCAGUAUUCCCAUUGAUCCAUGUUUGAGCAAUCCAUGCAUAGCGUCGAACUCUAUCUCGUGCUCAUCGGUGAUAACAAAUGGAAAUUCGUUUGAUUUCAAUUGUACAUGUCGAGUCGGAUUUAUUGGGCGUCAUUGUGAAAUUGAAUUGAAUCCGUGUAUGAAUAGUCCAUGUUUACAUGGCAAAUGUCAAGUGUUGACACCAUUAACGAAAUCUUGUACUUGUGAACCAGGUUGGACUGGUGUUGAAUGUCGAGAGAAUAUCGAUGAAUGUUUAUCGCAUCCGUGUUUACAUGCCGGUCGAUGUAUUGAUGGUGUAAAUAAAUAUCAUUGUGAUUGCUUAACAGGUUUUAUUGGUGAUCAUUGUCAAACAGAAAUUGAUCUAUGUUCAAGUAUGCCGUGUCAGAAUAAUGGUACGUGUAUCAAUCAAGUUGAAUCGUACACGUGUCUAUGUCCAUAUGGUUGGACAGGAAAUCUUUGCGAAGUGAAUAUCAAUGAGUGUGCGUACCCAUUGUCAUGCCAUCCAAAUGCGACUUGUAUUGAUCAACCUGGUUCAUAUCAAUGCUUGUGUCCGCCUUGGUUAACGGGUGAAAGUUGUUUGGUAGCUAUUGAUCAAUGCGAAACAUACCCUUGUUUGAACAACGGUGUUUGUGUUAAUAACUAUGGUAGUUUACCAACGUGCCAUUGUCAAGCUGGUUUUACUGGUGUUUUCUGUGAAGUGAAUAUUGAUGAUUGUCAAGCGGCACCUUGUUACAAUAAUGGUACCUGUAUCGAUCAAGUGAAUAGUUUCGUAUGCUUAUGUUCAUCUGGUUAUACUGAUUUACGAUGUCAAACAAGAAUUAGUCAAUGCAAUAGUUUGCCUUGCAUGAACGGUGGCAUAUGUCGAGAUUCCUUCGAUGACAAUGAGAAUUUUCAUUGUAUUUGUCCACCAUUUUAUACUGGCAAACAGUGUGAACAGGUGAUUAAUCCCUGUUUAAGCUUUCCAUGUUUGCAUGGAAGUUGUAUACCGUCUCUUUCGUCGUAUACAUGUCAAUGCAAUACAGGAUAUACGGGUGAGACGUGUGCAGUACCGGUCGAUCAAUGUACAUCGAAACCUUGCGGAUCACAUGGGAAUUGUACAAGUUUAUCAUCGAGAUUUAGCUGUUGCUGUGCACCAGGAUAUACAGGCCCAGGAUGUGAUCAAUUAAUUGAUAUUUGUUUAACCAAUCCAUGUUCGAUCGAAGGUGUUGAACGUUGUGUGGCAACAGGUGUCUCCUCGUUUCAUUGUGUGUGUAAACCUGGAUAUUCUGGACGACAUUGUGAAAUCAAUAUUAACGAAUGUCUAUCUGAUCCAUGCUUACAUGGUGGAGUAUGCAUUGAUUUCCAGAAUAGUUAUCAAUGUAUUUGCCCAUUGGUAUACACAGGUGCUAAUUGUGAAAAGUUACAAGACAAAUGCGUAGGAAUUCAAUGUUUAAAUGGUGGACAAUGUGUAAACAAUGGCACGAAUUUGACAUGCGUCUGUUCGAGAGGAUUUCAUGGAGAAAACUGCGAACUAAUCGUUGAUUAUUGUCAAUCACAACCGUGUGUUAAUGGCGGAAUGUGUUCGAAUACGGAAUCAGGGCCGCAAUGCACCUGUCCAAAUGGUAUCACCGGAUCGUUUUGCGAGACAAUUAUAGAUCAAUGUGAAGCGAAACCGUGCAAAAAUCAUGGAACUUGCCGGUCAUUAAUCGAUAAAUAUGUCUGUUUGUGUCCGAAUGGUUUUACUGGAAUUCAAUGUGAGAAUGAACGAAACGAAUGUGAACCCGUCAAUCCAUGUUUGAAUUCUGGACGAUGUAUUGACGGAUUCAACAACUUUUCAUGUAUAUGUAAUCCAGGCUUCACUGGUCACUACUGUGAAAGUCAAAUAGAUCAAUGCCAAUCGAGUCCAUGUUUAAAUGGUGGAAUUUGUCGCACGUUAAUUAACAAUUUCAAAUGUGACUGUCCGCAAGGAUAUACAGGAUCGACUUGUUCAUCAAUGAUCAAUUAUUGUUCAAGCAAUCCGUGCAUGAAUAACGGUUUAUGUAUUCCAUUGAUUGAUGCUUAUCGUUGCGUCUGCUUGGAUGAUUAUACGGGUGUCAAUUGCGAGAAAACAUCCAACGAAUGUCUAUCGAAUCCAUGUUUAAAUAAUGGUACGUGUAUUGAUGCGGUAUGGAACUAUACAUGCCAAUGUCAAGAUGGUUUCACUGGAUCGAAUUGUCAAUUGCAAAAGAAUUUAUGCGAUAGUUCACCAUGUCUUAAAGGAUUGUGUGUUAACAAGUUGAACGGUUACGAUUGUAUCUGUCCCUCGUCAUCGUACACAGGUGUUCAUUGUGAAAUACAAGUCAACAAAUGUUCAUCAAAUCAUUGUAUGAACGGUGGAACUUGCAUUGAUGGUCUAGAUAAUUUCAUGUGUAUUUGUCCGCCUUGGUAUGCUGGUUUGACCUGUUCUGAACGUAUGGAUCCAUGCUUAAAUCAUUCCAAUUGUGCUAAUCGGGGUACCUGUGUGACAAAUCUCGACGUCAAACCAUUUGGAUACACCUGUGAAUGUUCGCCUGGCUUUGCUGGACAGAUGUGUGAAGUAAACGUCGAUGAUUGCUCGUCCCAACCUUGUAAACACGGAAGAUGUUUGGAUAACAUCAAUGGAUUCUUCUGCCAAUGCUAUGAUGGUUAUGAUGGAGUUCUAUGUGAUCACGAAAUCAAUCAUUGUGAACAAUUACCAUGUCGAAAUAACGGCACAUGUCAACCACUGAUUAAUUCCUACCAAUGUCAUUGUACACCUGAAUUUCAUGGAAAGAACUGCGAAGAAAUUCUAUCAAGACCAUGUGUAACAAAUCCUUGUUUCAAUAACAGCACAUGUUCACUGGCACUCGAUGACAAUUUUCAAUGUGCUUGCUUGUCAGGUUAUACCGGACAAAAGUGUGAACUGCAGAUCAAUGCUUGCCAUCGUAAUCCAUGUGUUCACGGAGCAUGCCAUACAAUGCCAAAUGGAUUCUAUUAUUGUACAUGUUCACCAGGUUAUACCGGUUUCGAUUGUGAAAUUGAAAUCAAUCCGUGCGAUAGUCUACCGUGUUUAAACAACGGAAUUUGUAGUAAAUCAACGAUCAGUACAUUCAAUUGCACAUGUGCCAAUGGAUAUUCAGGCAAUCAAUGCCAGUACGGUGGUUAUCAAUGUCAUUCCGGUCCUUGUCUGAACAAUGGUACAUGUAUGAUUAAUGGAAAUAACUAUCAAUGUUUAUGUCCACCGGGUCUGACAGGUAAUCGUUGCGAAAAAGAUAUAAAUGAAUGUGAAUCAAUGCCAUGCCAAAAUAAUGGUAUAUGUUUGCAAUCGAAAUUGAAUGAAUAUCAGUGUCUUUGUGCGACAGACUAUACAGGCUCGCAUUGUGAAGCAAUUAUUGAUCCAUGCUUAUCAAUUUAUUGUCUAAACAACGGCACAUGCAUUCGAACAAGUUCAACAACAGGCAUUUGCUCGUGUUUGCCAGGUUACACCGGUUCAUCGUGUCAAAAUCAAAUCAAUACAUGUCUAAGUGCGCCAUGUUUGAAUGGCACAUGCAUACCAUUACUUAAUUCUUAUCAAUGCAAUUGCUUUCCUGGCUAUACCGGACAACGAUGUGAUUCAAUUGUUGAUUAUUGUUUACCGAAACCGUGUUUUAAUAAUGGCACAUGUAUUAAUCAAGCAACUUCGUUUGCUUGUCAAUGCCCGUACGGAUUUCAAGGUCGAACAUGUGUCAUCCGUGUUCAAUCAUGUCAAUCAUCUCCAUGCUUGAACGGUGGUACUUGCCAUGAUGUUGCACCUGGUCUACACAAUUGUUCAUGUCCAAUGUCUUUUCAUGGGGAAUUUUGUCAACUUCGAGAUUCAUUUUGCUUAGGAAUGCCCUGUCAAAAUAAUGGUGUUUGUCUAGACACGUUAAAUGGCUAUCAAUGUUUAUGUCAACCUGGCUAUAAUGGAAUUAAUUGUACCAACGAGAUUCAGCCAUGUAUAUCCAAUCCUUGUUUGAACAACGGCUUUUGUCGUAAUACCAACAAUGGACUUAGUUAUCAAUGCUUAUGCGAAAAAGGCUAUGCUGGACUUCGGUGUGAAGUGGAAAUGAACUGGUGCUCAUCGAAUCCAUGUCAAAAUCACGGAACGUGUAUAUCGCAAUUAACAUCAUUCCGUUGCCUGUGUCCACCAACUCAUACAGGAAUAAUUUGUCAGAUACCUAUCAGUAACUGCUCAUCGACCACAUGCAAAUAUGGUAUACCAUUAGUAACGAGUUCAACAAGUUGUUCAUGCAUUUGUUCAAAUGGUUAUACAGGCAAUCGAUGUGAUACUCCCAUCAAUCCAUGUUUGAAUGAAUCAUACUGUAAACGUGGUCAAUGCCAUUAUCUUAGUCCAGGUGUAGCCAACUGCACGUGUCCAUCUGGCUAUAGUGGACUUCGUUGUGAUACUCAAUUAUCUAAUGGUGCUUGCGGUUCGUGUCCUUGCCUAUAUGGACAAUGUCGAACAAUUGAUACACUUGACGAUUAUGUGUGCGAUUGUUAUCAAGGUUAUACCGGAAAACAAUGUGAUAUAUCUGUUGAUUUAUGCUCACCAUCACCAUGCUUAUAUGGACAAUGUAUAUUAGAUGCUCUGGACGGUUACCAUUGUCAAUGUUCGCCGGGUGCUCAAGGAAGAAAUUGCUCGGAAUUAAUCAACACAUGUAGUUCUAAUCCUUGUUCAAAUAAUGGUGUCUGUGUGCAAGGUUUGAACACUUAUCAGUGUGUUUGUCAAUCAGGUUAUGCCGGAAUUCAUUGUGAAGUAUUAAUCAAUCAAUGUACAUCACUGAUUUGUCUAAAUAAUGGCACAUGUGUUAACCUACCGACGAAUCCACCAUCGGCUGUGUGCCAAUGUCCAUCACUGUUUACAGGUGUUCAAUGUCAAUAUCCAUAUGCACCGUGUGCAUCUCAGCCAUGCCAUAAUUUAGGAACAUGUAUAACCACUGAUGUGUCGACAUACACUUGUCUAUGUCCAAACGGAUUUACAGGAAAGAAUUGUGAAUUGAGUAUUGAAGUUUGCCACAGCCAACCGUGUCAAAAUGGCGGCCGAUGUUCUGAACCAGCACCGUUUUACUAUAUUUGUCAAUGUCCAUGGCCGUUUUAUGGAAGCAAUUGUGAAUUCAUGUCCGAUCCUUGUUUAAGUUAUCCAUGUCGUGGACCAUCAUCUCAAUGCAUGUCGACACCCAUGCAUCAAAACUUUACAUGUGUUUGUGCUGAUGGUUUUCAAGGCUCGACUUGUUCGAUACCGAUUGAUCUAUGCUUCGGUGAUCCUUGUCGAAACGGUGGUUCGUGUUUGCAAACAAGUGCAUCGAGCUACUCAUGUUCGUGUCCGAUCGGCUAUCAGGGCGAAAAUUGUGAAAUUGAAGUAGAUCCAUGUUUGAAUCAUUCGUGUGGAAAAGGUCGAGCAAUUAAAGCAUCACCGAUUACUUGUGAAUGUCAAUGUCCAGAAUCGUAUUAUGGCAAGUUUUGUGAAAUCAAUGUUUGCGAAAAGAAUCCUUGUGCAAAUGGAAAUUGUAUUGCAAAUGGAAGCUACUCGUAUACGUGUGACUGUCAACCGGGAUUUCAGUUUCUUAUGGGAGUCUGUACUGAUAUCAACGAAUGUCGAACAAUAUCAGGAAUCUGUAGCAAUGGCGGACGUUGUUUGAAUACACAUGGUUCUUAUUCAUGUUUCUGUAAAGCAGGCUUUUACGGUCAAAACUGCGAACAGUUCGAACCAUGCCGAUCAGUGCCGUGUAUAAAUGGUGGAACUUGCAUGCACAACGAAACCUAUCCGUAUUGGCAAUGUCACUGUCCAGCCUUCUACACUGGUUUACAUUGUGAAACUCCACUACGGCGUUGUUCAUUAAAUCCAUGCCGAACAGGCACUUGUGUAGAUCUUCCGAAUAACGAGUAUCAAUGUAAAUGCUCAGAUGGCAUCACAGGUGUACAUUGUGACACACCAUUGCUUCCAUGUGAUUCAAAUCCAUGUUUGAAUAAUUCGACGUGUUUAACAUUAUCAUUGACAAAUUAUACAUGUGUAUGUCCACCAGGUUAUAUGGGUUUGAAAUGUACGGAACGACGAACAUCGUGUUCAAAGGAUUCCUGCCAUGGAAAUGCCACUUGUGUGGUUAAUCAAAAAACAGGCGAAGAAAUGUGUUUAUGUCCUGCCGGACGUUAUGGAAUCUAUUGCGAAUUUGUCUCUGCUUGUGGAUCCAAUCCAUGCCGACGAGGUACAUGUCAAAAUAAAAAUGAAACAACAUUUCAAUGCAUAUGCCAUCCUGGAUAUACUGGUACGACAUGUGACACAUCACUGGACGUUUGCGAUACAAAUCCUUGUAUGAAUGAUGGAGUCUGCACGAAUCUUGGGAAAGGUCUCUUUGUUUGUGCUUGUCCCGCAGGAUAUUCUGGAACUGAUUGUGGCGAGCCGCAUUGCCUUAAAAAUAGUUGUUUCAAUAACGGUAUUUGUUCUGUUCAAAGCAAUGUUCUUCAAUGUCAAUGUCCAUGUGGAUUCACCGGAUCACGUUGUGAGACUCCGUUAGAUAUCUGCUCGUUAACGACCUGUCAAAAUAAUGGUAUUCAAGUAAUCAAUGUAACUCAGUGUCAUUGUUCGUGUCAAUGUCCGCCAACAUUUACUGGCCCUCUCUGUCAAAUACCUGUUAUACCUACUGAUCGAACUUAUUCAGGACAAAUUAUGAUUCCUACCAAUCGUCUUCAAGGAGCAUCAUGGGAAAGUGUUUACAAAUGUAUUGAUCAAGUGUGGAACAAUCUCAAUGUUUUAUUAGUGUGUCCAUCAUCGUUUGCUCUUGUUACUCCAACAUUACUUUAUCCAUACUGUUAUCGAAUAAAUCAACAAAACUUUCUCAAAACUCAACAGCAAGCAAUUCAAGAAUGCGAGCAGCAGAGAACACAACUUGUCUGGUUUCAAUCAAUUGACGAAUUAGAAGAACACUUGGUGCCAGCUUUAGCUUCUCAUGGAUUAACACGAGAUUUUUGGACGAGCGGAACCUAUGAUCCGAAAUCUCGACGAUGGCAAUGGUUGAUAUCGAAUAAUAAGACUCGAGUAAAUCUUGAUCCAUCGAUCGGUGCACAUUUUGGAAUUAAUGCUGAGCAUGAAGCACUCUAUGUUUCAUUCAAUGAGUCAGCAAAUCACCGAUUGGUUUCUAGUUCAUCAUCAGAAACCUAUUCGACAAUAUGCAAAAUCUCGGCAACAAAUCUUCUGCUCAAUAAUCAAACACGUUCGAUCGAUCUUGUCUCACAACAAACUGUAUUCAAUAAUCAAUCGGAAGUGAUUGUUUACAAUUUUAACUACGCGAUUCUUCCCGCCAUUGAUCUACAUACACCAAUUCAACAACCAACCAACGCGCAUUAUGCUGCCAUGUGUGGGGCAAUUAGCAAUCCAUCAAUAUCAGCCGAACCUUAUUCAAUUGAUAUCUGUGGACAUUUUCCAUCAGCGACGGAUCGAAAUGUUCAAUUCCUAAUGCAAACGAUCGGCUCUUAUUACUCCACUCGACGUAUGUCUCUGGCAUCAAUACAGCCUUAUGUCGCUGUUCCACUGACUGUAACACAUUACAUCACUAUUGCUGGCGCGAUGAUGACACGAAUUGAAUUUAUCAUAACAAGUGGCCCUUCGCUAAUCCUCGGCUCAAAUAUCGAGCCGUUCUCAUCACUAAACGAUAUCUUGAAUAUGAUACCUUAUCGUUCCUAUCAACAAUGUGUGCCAUACGUACCAUUAGAUCUUCUGUUACAAUUGAAACUAUGUGUUCCAUUUCAUGAGAUCUCGUCUUAUAUCAAUUCGAUUACAAAAUCUAUUUCCAUCGCCACUGGUCAAUUGAAUGUUAACAUUAUGCUGAAAGGUGUUCGGGAAGGUGUAACAACAUCCGGUCAACCGGCCAAUGUAGCCUAUUUCUUAGUAACCAUCAAUGGAAUCACAUCGAAUCUAUCGAUGAAUUCCAUUCUUUUGUCUGCGAUUCAACAAGAAAAUGAUAAACUACUCUGUUCAAGAGACGCAUAUAUACUCCCAUUGGAAUAUAGUAUUCGUGACUUUCAUGUACCAUGUUCCACAGUACCGAUAUUGGAAAAACGAUUGAAUAAUGCAUUACAACAAGCAGGUAUUUACACAAUAAGUGUCGCCGUGUUUGACAGUGACGAUGCUGUUGAUCAAUAUGGACAACUAUAUCAUUUAGCAAAUAUAUUUCUACAAGAUGUGAAUGGUACGUGGUUGGAUAGUUCAUUCGAAUUAAACGAUCAACUCUACGAAAUUUUUGUGCAAAAUCAAUUACAACGAUUGACUACUCGUGUUUAUCGAUUGUCGAAAUCUUAUUCAUUCGUAUACGCCAAUCCUCUAUCAGAAAAUGACCGUGAUUACUUGGAAAGACGAAUUCUCAACAUAUACAAUCAACAAAAUUCGAUCGUUGCAAAUCAUGUCGAAAUUCUCUAUGAAGAUCUCUAUCGAAAUCUCACUUCGAAGCAAUCAGUUCGUCGGGUGUACUCAUUCGUUUUUCAUGACGAUCACGAACUCGAUGGCAGAUAUCUAUCAGCCGUAACUCUGUCUGUAGCACAAUUCAGUCAUAUUCAACAACCAUUGAAUACCAUAUCAAACCAAAUUCCAGUUGAUCUGAUCAACCAACGAGACAUACAACAUAUCACAUUUUCAGGCAAAAUCAGUCCAUCCGUAGCACAGAGAAUCCUGCAAGACUACUGGCAAAAUUCCGCGAAGCUAGGAUUGGCUAAUGUGAAGAUUUUUAUCAUCAAAUUACAAGAAUAUCUUGCCUAUUCAUCAAGACAAUUUUAUACGACAAUCACUUAUAUCGUUACAACUGACAAUCAUAGUUCGGUUUUGAACACAUGUUUUGAUUCGAACAUAAUGCAAACGACAGAUACCUUAUGCAAUAUGCAGAACAAUUAUUUAGAAAAAGUACCUGAUGGAUACAUACCAUCAUUUAUUGAUUUGAGAGGAAUGCAUUCGACAGCUCAACUUGAACAUGAUAAAUUCGACACAUUGAUUAGUUUAGCAUUGCAGAAGAUGAAAAUAUCUGGUAAAGCUUCUUCCAUGUCGACCGAAGUAAGAUUUGGAUUGGACAUGUCAAUAAUUACACGAGUAUAUUAUAUGAUUUUACCCGAUCGAAUCGUUCCUCAAGAACACAUUCAAGAUCAGCUCAAAUUUGUCUUCUCCGCGAUAAAUGUACAUACGUAUCAUUUAAGUUCAACUGAUCAAAUUUCGAUCGCACGUGAGGAUACUCACGAAUAUAUCGUUAACAGGCCGUUGCCAAUAACAGAUUCUAUUCGACACAAUAUCGAAAAUCAACUAACAGCAUACAAUCCGCAAUAUGGUCAAGCAAAAAUCAUUCAAAUGGAAUCAAUUGAUUCCGAUCAAACGCGCUUUUAUCUAACUUUCAUCAACGGAACACAACUGUUGACUCGAUGUGACUUUUCGUUGUAUUACCCGGAUAUGGAAGCGUAUCAAGCGAAGCAUUUCGGUAUUCAGCGUCAGUAUCUCGAUCGAUCGACUUUUCUUGCUCAAUCUGCAUCUCUUUCCGAAUACCUUAAACGGUUACGAACAAAUGACAGCACAAGUUUCACGAUCACAUUGCAAAAACAAACUCAAUACAUUUGUUCGAAUGGAGAACGAUCUGUUCGACUUGAUUACCAGAUUCCUAAUCACUCAUCACUUACUGAUGUCAUAGUUGGACAAUCUUUCACUAAUUGUACAUCAUAUCCUAUUCACUCGAUAUAUCUUAUUGAACCACGCCCGUCCCAUCGUGAAAUCUUUGAUGCGUUGACAGCUGCUUGGAGAAAAUCGAACAAUAAUUACCCAGUUAACAUAUCAUCCGAAUUUUCCAUUGAUUCAUCUUACUUGACAAAUAAGAAUCAAACUUUAACACGUUUAAUCUACACAAUUAACUUGGAUCCAAUGCAGCUGAUUCCACCAUCGUCAAGUUCGAUUCGUUUACCGAAUAUCUACACCGAUAUUCCAUACAAACGCUAUGCAGUCUACGUCAAAAGCAAACCGUUCAAUUCGACAAUGCUAUCGAUCGUUAGUCAAGCAUUGAGACGUAGUUGGUCUACUGCAAAUAGCCAUCUUUUCUCAACAAAUCAGUUAUCUGUGCCGGCAAUGAACACAAUUCUGUCGAGUUCUGAUCAAAUCAGACUUGACUAUUUGAUUGGCUUGGAAUCGAACGAUAUUGGUGAUUAUUCACCACCGUCGGAACAGAUCUGUUCGAAUAUAUUUAAUACAACUGGCUUAGAAACCUUAGUUCAGAUUCGUGAUAUACCAAUAAAUAUUAACGACCCUUUACCACCCGGCGGUAAAAUUUCAUUCUUUCCAUUUGGUUCACGAUCUGACGGGCAUAUCUAUGGGCUUGAUUGGUGGGUUAUCUUACUCAUUAUUAUCGCUAUCUUAGCUACAUGGUUAAUCUUAUGCUUACUCUGUUAUGUAUGCUUUCGAAAACGAUCUGUAAAACAAUAUCAACAUAAGAUUUCCAAUCAGUCGUCGAGACGCGUUGAUGUUCUUGCUCGUGAGCAAGAUCACUACUUACGUCCAUCGUUAUCCUCACUAGUCUUCGAUGGGCCCUACGCUGAGUCCAUCGAUUCAUCUGCCGACGACAAUCAUCAACGUAUUUCAGUUCGAACGAUGUCUUCCCAACCUGAACUACAAGUUCGUCGUUUAUCGGAACAGGACUGGCCACAUUUUUCUACGAACAAUCCUUAUGGAUUACCGUCACUCAUGUCUGACACAACGAACUCCAGUCGUCCUUUAUAA